AUGCGCCGGUUCGUUUUCCUCCUUUGUUAUGCCGUUGGCGGCCGCAGUGUGUCGCGAAGCUACAGCGGUGGCACCGUAGACAUGAGCGGAAUUCUGCGUUGGGAAGCCGAUGAAGUCGGCGCUUUGUGCGAUGAGUCAAUUCUUCCCAAGAUAAACUGCGAGAACAAUCUGUGGCAACAGCUUCUGACUUUGCUUUGCCGCCACUGCUCCCGUAAUCGCUGUGCCGCUUGGCGAAAACAACAAGAAGACGGAGUCUUCCAGCAACCUGCAAAUUGUAAGUGCUUCGCACCAACUCCCGAAACCAAGCCGCCGUUUGCCCAAAGUCAACAACUUGUGUAA